GCACAUGGAGCCGUCCCUUUUUGUUGGCUCUUUGAAUUCAGACGGCUUGACUUGAGCCUGCAUCACGCAAAGCAUAUCGUUCAGGCAUUGUCCAAGUACGGGUUGAAUCCUCGAGUCACGAGAACAAUUUGCAAAGAAUCUCAAUGAGCUUUCGCAAGUCAAGGUCAGGAUUUGUGAGAGUAGGAGAUGAAUCCCUUCCUGUCAGACUCCCAACAGUUAAGCAAGGGAGGGUGAGCAGCCUAAAUUCAAAUGAGGAUGCCACACAUCGUAAUUUAGGCUUGAAGAAUACCGACAAAUCUUUGAAAUCCAAAGUUUUGUCCAAUGUGUUCUCUGAGGACUACGACAAGGUGAAGAAUAGGAUUUUUGACCCGAGAGGUCAAGCCAUUUGUAGAUGGAACGAGGCUUUCUUGACAGCUUGCCUGGUCUGUCUAUUUGUGGAUCCUCUUUUCUUUUACGUGCUGUCGGUCGAUGGCAACCAUCUGUGCUUAUACAACGGAAUAGGACUCAAGAUCCUCCUAACGAUUGUCAGAUCUGUGGUUGAUGUCUUUUACAUUGUUCAGAUUAUUGUUCGGUUUAAUACAGCAUUUGUUGCGCCCUCUUCCCGAGUGUUUGGGAGAGGUGAACUUGUGAUAGACUCUACAAAGAUUGCACUCAGAUACUUGUGUGACCGCUGUUGCAUUGACCUCUAUGCAGCACUCCCUCUUCCCCAGAUGUUAAUUUGGGCAAUAAUCCCAAACAUCAGCGGUUCAACCACGACAAAAACAAAAAACGUGCUCCUGUUCAUCAUUAUCUUGCAGUACCUGCUAAGACUUUUUCUCAUUCUUCCCCUCCGGUUGGAAAUUAGUAAUGCCGGUGGUGGAUUAGCAAAGAAAGCGUGGGCCCGUGCUGCAUUUAACUUGAUGCUCUACCUCUUGGCGAGCCAUGUUUCAGGAGCCUGUUGGUACGUCCUCUCUGUUGGGAGACUAGAAUCUUGCUGGAGGAUGGCCUGCAAUCAGGAAAAACCAUCUUGCCAGUACGACUUCUUUGACUGUCGCCGUGUCCAGGACCCUGCUAGGGUUUCCUGGUACGGGUCAACCAAUGUAACAAGUUUGUGCAACGGAAGCAGUACCAAUAGUCCCAUUAAAUUUGGCAUUUAUGCUGUUGCCGUGACUAAUUCUCUUGCAAGCUGCAAAUUCUUCAGCAAGUUCUUGUACUGCUUGUGGUGGGGUAUAAACAACCUGAGUUCCAUAGGGCAGAACUUUGAAUUUGUGGCAACCACUUACGUUGCGGAACUUAUUUUUUGCAUUGCGGUUGCAAUUCUUGGGCUGCUUUUGCUCGCACUGCUCAUUGGAAAUAUGCAAGAGUACCUUCAAGCAGCAAACAGCCGAAUCGAGCAGUGGAGGCUCAAGAAGACAGAUACAGAGCAAUGGAUGCAUUACAGAAAUCUGCCUCCACAGCUGAGACAAUCUGUUCGGACAUAUUACCAAUCUAAGCGGGUGGCAACUCAAGACAUUGAUGAAGAAGCUCUUCUCAGAGAGUUCCCAGUGGACUUGCACAGAAAUGUCAAGGGCCAUCUUUGCCUUGAUCUAGUUCGACGUGUCCCGCUUUUCAAUCAAAUGGAUGAAAGGAUGCUAGAUGCGAUAUGCGAGAGGCUAAAACCCGUUCUGUGCACUGGAAACAUGUACUUAGUAUGCGAAGGAGAUCCGAUUCAAGACAUGUUCUUCAUAAUCCGGGGGCACCUUGAUUCCUCAACAACCAAUGGUGGCCGCACGGGGUUCUUCAACUCAUGCCGUCUGGGGCCUGGGGACUUCUGCGGAGAGGAGCUGCUGACGUGGGCCCUGGACCCACGCCCAAGCAUCGUCCUGCCCUCAUCCACGCGGACUGUCAAGGCCUUGAAAGAAGUGGAAGCAUUCUCUCUAGCUUCCGAGGACUUGAAGUUUGUGGCAUCGCAGUUUAGGAGGCUGCACAGCAAAGAGCUGAGGCACAAGUUCAGGUUCUACUCGCACCAGUGGCGUACAUGGGCCGCAUGCUUUAUCCAAUCCGCAUGGCGCCGUUAUAGGAAGUUGAAGGAGGAGGCUGAGCUGAGAGAGGAUAGUGAUGGUCAGGCGGGCCAAAUGAAGCGUUCAAGGUCAUUUUGGGAUGUGUACGCGAGGGAGCUGAUAAAAAACACCAGGCGGGAUGAGAAGAGACAAGCAGGGUCGGGUUCGGAAGCUGUGAACAUGAUAGAGAAGCCGGACGACCUCGAUUUUGGGCAGGAAAUUGAGAUUGAGGACUUGAUGACAGCGUCGAAAUAAAAGCCACAGAAUUUCGCAUCAAGCUCUCUUGCAGUCCUGUCUAUAAGCACGGAGCCAAGUAAAGCUUAACCAUGUACGGUUACCUUAACAGAUUGUUGUUGUUUGUUGCUGCAAAGGAACAUUUCGAAUAUAUUGGAAUGGUUCAGCUAUACCGGUUUCACUUCGCCACACAACCUUGUUAUUCAGUAUGCAGAAGAGUUCUUUUUCUAGUUAAAGGUAAUCGACAACAUGUAUGCUUUCAUGAGAUUUUGAAGACGAAUCUCUGAAGGUUAUGAUUUAAUCAUUCAUUUCAUUUAGUUUGUGGAGAACA